AUGGAUAUGGUGAAAGUUGGACCAGUGGGAGGAGUUGGUGGAACCAUUUGGGAUGAAAAGGGACGAGACAAAGUUGCUGGUAUUAAUGUUUACUACAACAAACUUACUGUUGUUGCACUUGAGUUCCUUUACUAUGAAAAUGAUAAAUUAGUUUUGUCGAACAAAUAUGGUGAUCAAAAUGGAUGUGGUAACUUCUCUGCAGUUGUGUUUGAUUAUCCGUCAGAAUUUCUUACUUCCAUAAGCAGUUCCUAUGGAGAUAAUGGGCGCUUUAAAGUUUUGGAAGCUAUAAAAUUUAGCACCAACAAGGGUUCCUAUGGACCAUUUGGGCGUACCCUGCCUACAUAUCAUUCCAAACACCUCAACUUUCAGUUAGGAAAUCAUAGUCUUUUUGGUGGUUUUCAUGGCACCAUGAGUCCCUUUGCCGUUAAGAGUAUUGGAAUCUAUGUGAAGCCCAAUGUGAACAUGAAAUAUCUUCGUGUGAAAUAUGAAAAGUAA